AUGAACUGGAUUCUGUGUUCAUUCAAGUCGAGCAAGGUGGUGGAUGAAAUUUUGAGCAGAGGACCAUGGUAUGUGAAUGGGUGCAUUAUGGGGAUGGACAAGUGGACGCCUGAGUUCGAUCCGAAAUCUUAUAAGGGGAUUUCAGCUCCAAUUUGGAUCAGAUUAUCGUACUUACCUCUGUAUUGCUGGGAUGAAGAUAGUAUUGCUAGAAUUGCUUCGUGUCUUGGAUCACCAUUAUACCUUGAUGGUAACACGUUUCGCAGGAGUAAGCGGGAAUUUGCCCGUGUUUGCGUCAAGAUUGACUUGGAGAAGAAAUUGCCAAAUGGAGUUUGGGUGGAAGGAAGUGCUGGAAGAUUUUUUCAAAGGGUGGAGUAUGAAAAAGUUGAUUUACUUUGCUACCAAUGCGGUAAAGUGGGGCAUGAGUCCAAAAUAUGUCCAGAUAAUGUGAAGAUUGGUAUCCAGGAUCAAUCUAACGACAAAGCUACAGGUGAAAACUUGAAGCCAGACGCUGUAGGGAAUAAUUCAAUAACAAAUACUUAA